AUGGGAGACGAUAUGCACAUCUGCUACAAAAAAUCCUUCGUGAAACGCUACAUCGCGACCUAUCAACCAGAGGUGCUCAUGUGGUAUCACGUUCCCUCUCCUCCCAUCUCAUCCUCCAUGUCGACAGAUGAAAUGGCGAACCAACCUAUAUUUAAUACAGUGGACAUUGCUACUUUGUCCAACUUUUGCCUGCCUUGGGGUGCAACUAUUGAGUCCUGGUCAGUCGAUCAAAAUCCUCCUGGAUCCGUCUUUUUCACCUUUGUGGUUACCAACGCCGCCUAUCAGAAGUUUCACGGUUCAGCACUAACGUUCUAUGAGCCCUACGAUGUGUCACUGCUGGAUCGAGAUAGGUGUUAUCGGCUGGAUGUAGAUCCCGAGCUUGUGCGAAUAGAAGAAGCAGAAGGAGAAGAGCGGCGACGACAACGGACGGCAGCGGUGGUAGUGAGAGAGGCGGAAGCAGAGCUUUUCACGCACGAGGAGCUGUUAGACAUCGAGCAGCGUCAGGGCGUCUUCGCCUCUUCUCGCAUCGGUGACCGCGUGCUCGGUGUCACCAAGACCCUCUGCCUCGUGUCUCGUUUUAACUUCGGCAAUGCACUUAAACCUUUCCUCGAUUUCCUUCACUCCCGUUGUUUCAGUUCUAAGGGCCAGUCUAUUCCUCUUGAAAGGUAA